CGUGCAAAUUUAGCCCGCCGGAUCAGCAUCAAAAAGUGCUGCUCGAAUUCUCCUCGUUCCUGCAAUAUAACAACCACAACCAUGGAAACCACCUCGAAACCAGUUACAAGUAAAAAGACAACAAAGCUGACUGGAAUGACCACUGCGUCUUCUGCCCAGAAAGUGACUUCAAGCGCCGCAACGGACGAAAUCACGCUGCCGGACACCACGAUGGCGAUUGACAACCCAACUGUGGAUACUCCGACCGUUUCACAAGAAAUUCCUUCAACCAGCGUUGGCGACACAACCACGACUCUGGAAACGACAACUGACUCGACACCAGCGACUACCAUCUCGGAUCUACCAGCUUCAACUACAACAACAACCACCUCAGAUGCACCAACAACAACUACAACAAUUUUACUGUCAGAUUCACCGACGACAGUAACAACAACUACAACGUCAAGUACUUCAACAUCAACCACCACUACAACGCCAACUACCACAACAACUACAACUACUCCAGCAACCACAUCUACAACUACAACUACUUCAACCACUACGACAACAACAACCACUACAACAACUACGACAACAACCACCCCAAAGCCUUUAUGCUUGAAUUACACGUGUGUCACACAGCCCUCGUUACUUGAUGCUAGCAACUACAUAAACACUUCAGUUGGUGCUCCUAUAGGAGGAGUUCUACGAAUCGGUUGCGACAAAAUGUAUUUCUUCAGUGACGCCGCGGUAGAUUGGCCGGGAGCUGCUUCGCAAUGCUGCGCGCGAAAUAUGAAGCUGGUGAGCUUCGAAACUGCAGCUGAGUACUUGUGCUUCUCCAAAAUGCUUCAGGUUCCAAGCUACGGAUUGGGAGGCGCCUGGUGGACAUCUGGAAGCAACAAAUAUAGCGGAUACUACCUUUGGUGCACUAGUGACCUGGCGAGUAACGUCACCUCCGACAUCAAAUUUGUGUCCGGCGAGCCCAACAACGCUGGAGGAAAUGAAAACUGCAUUGAAAUGGUCGUGGGGGGAGGCACUCCUCCGAAUAACCUUCUGAUGAACGAUCGGCCCUGCACUGCCUACACAGCCAGAUACGUUUGCGAAGUUUGUCUCCAAACUAUGACGUGA